AUGACGAACCGUGGCCAAGGUGCUUCUGGUCAUCUCAUUGACUCGACUACAAGCCCAGUCAAGAUUGCCAACCCGUAUCCUUUCUUCAACCCCCUGACCGAAGCCCUCUCUCCGGAUGGCAGCGUCUCCGUUGUGAUCCUCAACCGACAGAGUCUCUUUGCUUUUCCCGAAUCCCAUAGUCCCGAUAAUCCCCAGACACUCCACCAGAAGUCUGGGACUCUCUGA